AAAAUUUCUGGAUAAAUUUUCAUCACACUUGUCUCAAUGUGGAGCACACAGUGCUUCGUGCUGCUGACCGUGGCGGGCGCGGCGGCGGGCCUGUCCUGCUACAACUGCUCGGAGACCCAGUACGAGACCAACCAGUGCGCCGGCAGCUUCGGCACGGGCGCCAUCUCGUUCAAUGCUUCCAGGCUGCGAUUGGCUACCUGCACGGGAGAUAACGCCAUGUGCUUCGUCCGCUCUUGGUCGGCGCGCGCUAAACACGCGUGGCUGGUGCAGCGCGGCUGCUACAAGUCCAGCCCCGACGACCCGCUGCCGCACACCGUGCGCAGCCCCACCAGGGCCAUGUCGUGUAAACGAGAGAGGUACAGAGACGCAGAAUACAGAGUCUGCCUCUGCCAAGCGGACUGGUGCAACUCUGCGAAGUGGGACCUGCAUACGCCACUCCAUGUGAGCACUUUGGUCGGGUUAGCGAAUGUAUUACGCUCUUUAUAUCUGCCAUAAUCAUUAAAUUAAUACAGAUUACGA